GCAGAGAAGGCUGCCGGUAUCGACGACGACGUCCAGAAAUCGGACAUCUCCUCCAGCAGCGGUGGGAUGAUCGAGAAGGAGUCGCUAGGACCUCUCCUCCUAGAGGCUCUGGAUGGAUUCUUCUUCGUUGUGAACCAGGAAGGCCGUAUUGUGUUCGUCUCGGAAAACGUCACCAACUAUCUGGGCUACAAGCAGGAGGAGCUGAUGAAAGACAGCAUUUACAGCAUUCUGCAUGUUGGGGACCAUGAUGAGUUUGUCAAAAAUCUUCUCCCCCAAAUCUCUAGUGAACGGUGUCCCCUGGUCCCAGGAAGCCAACCGACGGAACAGCCAUACAUUAAAUUGUAGAAUGCUGAUUCGGCCUCCAGACGAUGUGGGAACGGAGAACCAGGAGGCCCGGCAACGGUACGAGCUGAUGCAGUGCUUUACUGUAUCCCAACCCAAAUCCUUCAAAGAAGAAGGAGAAGAUUUCCAGUCGUGUCUCAUCUGCAUUGCGCGGAGAUUACCUCGGCCCACUCCUGUUUCCGCUAUUGAGUCUUUCAUCACAAAGCAAGACGCUACAGGUAAAAUAAUCUCUAUUGACACGAGUUCCCUGAGAGCCUCGGGUAGUACUGGCUGGGAAGACCUGGUCAGGAAGUGUAUCUAUGCUUUCUUUCAAGCUCAGGGCUCUGAACCAUCCUAUGCCAAACAGCUCUUUCAAGAAGUGAUGACGAGGGGGACGGCCUGCAGCCCUUCUUACAAGUUCACCUUGAGUGACGGCACUGAGUUGAGCGCACACACCAAGUGCAAACUAUGCUACCCACAGAGCCCAGACAUGCAGCCCUUCAUUAUGGGGAUCCAUAUCAUUGAAAGGGAUCAAAGCUCUCUCUGCACCCAAGACAACACUAACUCAGGAAUGCCACUACCACGACUCAGUCCUUCAAUCAACUCUACCAUCUCGCCAGCGCCAGGGAUGCCCUUCUCUUCUACCACCUCCCCAUCCAGUGGCAGUAUGCUGACCUCCAGCAUAAACCAGCAGCCUGUCGCCGGCCUCCAUAACAUCAGCAGUUCCAACACCAGCCAAGCCAACUACGGAUGUUCUCCUGGAAGUCAGCUUGGAACCAAUGUGGCCUUAAAUAUGGGGCAGGCCGGACCCCAGAAUAGUAACAACCUAAACCUCAAUAGUUCCCCCAUGAGCAGUCCAGGGAUCAGUCCUUCCCAGUUCAUGUCUCCAAGGCCACGAGGUAGUCCAGGACUGGUGUCCCGGCCUAGAGUUUCAGGUAAUCCCUUUUCUCCACCCAUGCCUACCAUGCACUCCCCUGUUGGCUUGUCGAGCAGUGGUUGUAACAACAAUAACAACAGAUCUUUUUCCAAUGUUCCCCAAAACUCCAUGCCAAUGUUGAAUGAAGGACCUAUGACCCCUGUAGGAUUUUCCUCACCCUCCCCAGGCAUGACAGGUGGGGUAUGCAACAACAAUAACAAUCCUAGGCUCUUUUCUAAUACCCCAAUGAACACUUCUGUUCAGGCCAUUAACGAUGGACCUAACAACCCCUCCAACCCCUUUUCUACGACAUCCCCUGUUCUGCGCCAGGCCCCUUCGCAGAGUUCCCCUGGAAGGCUCAGUAUGCAGCCCAUAAAAACAGAGCCUAAGGAGAACAGUAUUGGAAAUAACAUUGACAGCCGGGUUGGGGACAGCGAGGCUAAAAGUUCAUUGGCUGCCUCAAGUCAAAAACUUGUUCAGCUCUUGGCAACCACUGCAGAGAGCAAGUUGCGAGAUGGGGAUCCAACCUUCCGAGAUCCAUUGACUUGCCCGGUCGUCUCCAAUUCAAGCUGUGGGAGUUCAACGACUGGAACGUGUCCAUCCUCUCACAGUUCCUUAACUGAAAGACACAAGAUUUUGCAUCGGCUCCUUCAAGAGGGAAGCCCUUCGGAUAUAAAUACUCUGUCUAUAGACCAUGACAAGAAAUGCUCUGGGUCCAACAAUAGCCAGACUCAGGGGAGCGCAUCGGACAUAAAGAUGGAGCCUUACAGUGAAAAGAAAAAGGACUCCAAAGAUCAGCUUCUUCGUAACCUACUGGACAAGGAUGAGAAGGAGGUGAAACCGCCUCCUGCCCUAAGCCUGGAUGAUGUCAAAGUCAAGGUGGAGAAGACUGAGCAGAUUGGCCAGUGUGGCUCUGCAUCUGUGGUCAAGCAAGUUCAAGAAGACAUAAAGCUGGAGACUCCAGAUCAGUUCACAGAUGAGUUUGAGCAGCUGGAACAGUUGUUACCAUCUCAGCUACCUGGGUUCGGAACAUCUGAGCGGACAGAAACUGGUUUACCAAUGAAGUCAGAGAUAUUACCUACAUCUCUACAGACUGGCACUGUGGCCAGGACACCCUCUGGGCUGAACAACUUUAAUGGCAUUGAUGCAGGUCAGUCACCAUUUGGAUUCUGUGAUCCAUUGGAUCCCGUGCACAUGGACUUGAACCCAUUUCCAGCACCUAAUGAUACCAGUCCUCGGUCUGGACUUACUCCGGAGCAGAGUCGGGUAGCUGUGUCAGGGACCACCGCCUUUCAGACAGAUCCUGGUCUCCCAGACCCAGACCUGGGAAUUACGGACCAAUUCGGACAUUCUGGAAUCACUGACCAAAUACCCUGGUCUGAUAGCUUGACACCUCUGAACCGCGUGACUCCAAGCACACAGGAAGAGAUUGAUGAUUUUCUAUGUCCUCCCACCACCACGGAAGGACUGAAUGACGAGAAGAUCCUGCUGGAACAGCUCGUGUCCUUCCUCAGCGGCAAAGACGAGACCGAACUGGCUGAGCUAGACCGGGCCCUCGGGAUUGACAAGCUGGUGCAGGGAGGUGGUCUGGAUGUGGUCACUGACAGGUUCCAACAGCAGACUCCUGUGGCCUCGGUUCUGAUGGACCAGAAGUCAGGUCUCUAUCCUCAACCUUAUCCAACUGCCUCACCCAACCCGGGUCUCCCCGGACCCUUCUCCAACAUGGUCAGACAGAAGAAUACGUAUGGGCCUGUACCAGUCCAGGUGCAACCCCCACCACAGAGAGGGCCUUAUCCCAACAACAUGAACAUGCAGCCCCGACAAGCCAUGGCUCGUCCUGGAACAGCGUCUAAUCAGCUCCGACUACAGCUCCAGCAGAGGUUACAGGGUCAGCAACAGAUUCUGCACCAGAACCGGCAGGCCAUCCUUAGCCAGUUUGGCGUUGGGAACACGGUGCCAAUGGGGAUGAGGCCAGCCAUGCAGCAAGCCAUCAGUUCUCAGCCCCCGUUGAAUGCUCAGAUGCUGGCCCAGCGCCAGCGGGAACUGUACAGUCAGCAGCACCGACAGCAGCAACUCAUGCAGCAGAGAGCCAUGCUAAUGAGGCAGCAGAACUUCGGCAACAACCUUCCCCCUCAAGGAGGUCUGCCCGUCAACAUGACGGCUUCAAGGCUCCCGCAAGGCCCUCCCCAGCAGUUCCCUUACCCCCACAGUUAUGGUACAAACCCCGUCAACCCUCCCCCAUCCACCAGCCCUUUCUCGCCUCUGGCUACAACCCCUGAGGCUGCGCUGCCCAACCGCACAGUGGCCGGCAGAGGCGGUAUGGUCAACCGAGGCAUGAUGGGAAGCGUCGGAGGGCAGUUCAGCUCUGGGAUCAAUACACAGAUGCAGCAGAAUGUCUUUCAGUACUCAGCAGCAGGAAUCAACCAACAAGGGGAUCCCACAUUCGCUCCAUCUCUCAGCCCCACCAGCCCUCUGAUGUCACCUCGCAUCACGCCAUCUCAGAGCCCCAUGCUCCAGCAGACGCCAUCCACGCCGGGUAUCAGUCACCUGACCUGAAGAACUGGCAGCAAAGCACGCUGGGAAGCUCCAGCGUUUUUGGCCAGACAGGACAGAACCAACCGGCUCCAGGCCAGCAAGGAAUGUACAAUAACAUGAGCAUCACCGUGUCCAUGGGAGGAGCCAACAAUGGGGUGCAGAAUGUGAACCAGAUGACGGGGCAGGUGCAGAUGGGCUCCCUUCCCAUGCAGAGCAUGAACAGUAUGUGUACGGAACAGCAAGUGAAUGAUCCAUCUCUUAGAACAAGCGGACUGUACUCAACAGACCUACUAAAGACGGAGCCAGAUACAGGACAGCAGGUCCAGCAAGUACAAGUGUUUGCCGAUGUCCAAUGUACAGUGAACCUCGUGGGUGGGGACCCAUACCUGAACCAACAAGGACCCAUGGCUUCUCAGAAGACUACACCUGGGCCCACCACCCCCCAGGCUCAACAGAAGAGCCUCUUACAACAACUGCUCACUGAAUGA